UCUGUCCGCUCGCGUUAGGUUAACCUGGCGUUAUUUCAGAAUUUUUGGUAUAUUUUGAGACGAAGGUUAUUCACAGACACAAAGCACAAAAUGCGUAGCAUAAAAAUCCUGACACCCCAACUUGGUUUCGGUUUAGUACGACAUAACUAGCAAGUCAUUGACAUGGACAGUGUUGAGAACUGUGAGGAAAUCGAUUGGGGUGGUGGCGGAGAACAGAUGACAUCUCUAAACAAAAAAUGGGUAGAAUCUUUAGUGAGGAAUGCCCACGAAGGACUACCUAAACCAGUCUUAGAAUGUACCAGAUGCUCCCUUGUCAAAGGAGACUUCCUCUACUACCACUACGGCUGUGACGGACAGGACGACAGAGGUUGGGGUUGUGGUUAUCGGACUGUACAGACCAUUUCUUCAUGGUUGUGUCAUAAUUGGUCACCUCCAAAGAGUAGCUGCAGAUCCCCACCCAGUCUCCCUGAAAUCCAGCGAGCUUUGGUUACAAUUGGUGACAAACCCCCGUUAUUCUGCGGCUCUAAAGACUGGAUUGGAACUUUUGAGGCCGCCAUAGUGCUUGACCAUUUUUACGACGUUCCGUGCCGAAUUGUUCACGUGCGGAGUGGCGGUUCAGAGCUUGCCAAAGCAGCCGAGGACUUGCAUCAACAUUUUACCAUCCAUGGUUCCCCUGUCAUGAUGGGCGGGGACAGGGAUAACUCUUCCAAAGGGAUUCUGGGAGUGUGCACUGGAAAACAGGGAAGCUACCUGUUAGUGAUGGAUCCUCACUACUAUGGCUCUCCACUUGACAAAGCAUCUGUGCAGAGGCUCGGCUGGGUGUCAUGGAAACAAGUUGGGUGUCUAGAUCAAAGCUCCUUCUACAAUCUUUGUCUGCCUCAAACUGCCAAGAAGUAAUAAAGACACUGAUGACCAGUUUAGAGAAAGUCUUAAUGUCUACAGAAAUAUUCAAAUUAAAUAGGUGACUGGAAAUGAUUCACAGUAUGUUGAAAUGAAAAAUAGUAAUGAGUUGCAAUGUCUCCCAUAGUUCUUAAAGGCUGUAGUAUACUCUGCGCUGUCUGUUGUACACUCAUAUGUAGCUGAUGUCUACACAGAGUGAGACACUUUUGUUUAACUUGCAAAUCAGCUCAGGCAAUUUGUAAUAUGUAGGCCUACUCACUUUGUCGGUUCAAAGGCACUGACAGAGUAAGACUUCACAAGUAAUAUGGACAUGCAGUAGCAUAUGAGAUCCCACAGAAGUGUCUUGAGGCAGUAAAGUAAUGAUAAGA